GUAUUUUGGUGUAUUUUUAAAGGACCCAGACCGAGCCCUCACUCUCGAGCCGGCUGACCAAAACAAACCAGCAAAAUGUUCAAAGGUGUGGUGGCGCUGGUGUCUGGGGGCGCCUCUGGUCUAGGGCGUGCCACAGUCCAGCGUGUGGCGCGGCAGGGGGGGCGUGUGGUGCUCUGUGACCUCAAAGCCUCUGAGGGGUUAAAGGUCGCGGAGGAGAUCGGGUCAGACCAAGUGGUGUUUGUGCCCACUGAUGUGACCUUGCCGGGGGAUGUGGAGGGGGCGGUGGCGGCCUGCAAGGAGAGAUUCGGACGGCUGGACGUGGCAGUGAACUGUGCUGGCAUAGGUGUCGCUGCUAAAGUGUACAACCACAACAAGGGGACAGUCCACUCCUUCGAAGACUUUAUGAGGGUCCAAACGGUCAAUUUAGGUGGUACAUUCAACGUGACAAGAGUAGCUGUGAGUCUAAUGGCCCAGAACACCCCCAAUGACCAGGGACAGCGUGGGGUGGUGAUCAACACAGCCAGUAUCGCUGCGUUUGAUGGACAGAUGGGUCAGGCUGCCUAUUCGGCCAGUAAGGGGGGCAUUGUGGCUCUGACUUUGCCCCUGGCCCGUGAUGUGGCUUCCCUCGGCAUCAGAGUGUGCACUGUGGCUCCUGGCCUCUUCAAGACACCCCUCCUUGAGUCGUUACCAGAAAAGGUGCAGUCGUUCCUGGCCACAACUGUUCCCUUCCCCAAGCGUCUCGGAGACCCUGACGAGUAUGCACAGCUGGUGGAGGCAAUUGUGGGGAACCCUAUGAUGAAUGGGGAGGUGGUGAGGCUGGAUGGGGCCCUCAGGAUGCAAGCUUGAG